GUCAAUCAAGGUGUGGGGCAUAGGGCCCAUAGGCUCGGGGGCCAAAACUGCAGCCAAUGGGCCCCCCGCUGUUGUCACCAGUGCCCACUUUUCUUUGCUGGGCCACGAGCGAGGAGUCAACACAAUUGCCUACUCGACAGGGGAGCGGCCGUACUUGGUCUCUGGCGCUGACGAUGCCACAGUUCGAAUCUGGGAUUAUCAGACAAAACAGUGCAUCCAGGUGCUGUCGGGGCACAGCAAAAACGUGAGCGCAGUGCUGUGCCCCCCGGGGGGCCCCCACGCGCUGCCGCUGCUGUUCUCUGCAGGCGAAGACGGGCGGCUGUGUCUUUGGCGCUGCCCCACAUUUCGAGAAGAGGGGCCCCUGGACUUGGGCCUCGAGCGCCUCUGGGCCCUUGCUGCGAGGCCCCCUGCUGCUGCUGCUGAGGGCGGACUCGGGGGCCUCGUCCUCGCCGUCGCCACAGACAGCGGCACCCUCGUCCUCAAGAUGGGGAAGGACGGCCCGGUGGUGUCUUGCCACGGGGGCAAGGCCGUGGUGGCGCGGGGCUUCGAAUUGCUGCAGUUCAAUUUGAAGGCCAUCGACGAAAAUGUUCCUGACGGCGAAAAGGUCCAGUGCCCCGCCAAGGAAAUCGGAAACUCCGAUAUCUUCCCCCAAAGCAUCUCUCACCACCCGAACGGCAGAUUCAUUGCAGUUGUGGGCGACGGCGAAUACGUCAUUUACACAGCCCAAGCUUUGCGCAGCAAGGCGUUUGGGGCUGGCGAGGAUUUGGUUUGGUCUUUGGAAAACCACUACGCGGUCUUGGAAAAAGAAAACCGAAUUAAAAUCUUUUGCAACUUCGAAGAGGCGUACAACUUCACGCCGCCGUUCACUGUUGAGGAGAUAUUUGGGGGAUAUCUUUUGGGCGUGUGCAGCGACGACGCAAUUUGCUUUUAUGACUGGAACAGCUACAGGCUGAUCCGGCGCAUCGAAGUUUGCCCCACAGCUGUCUACUGGUCGCCCGAUGGCAUGCAAGUGGCCAUUGUGGCUCGAGACCCUCUUGCUGCUGGUCCCACAGCCCAGGCUUCAGGUGCUGCUGCAUGCAGCAGCAGCAAUUUUGGGGCUUUGCUGGACAGAAUUCGGGGGUUUGGGGAA